CGUCAGCAGGUCGUUAUUCAUCCACUUGAAGUAGGCCAUUUCAAGAGCACUGCAAAGUCCUGAUGAGCGCAGAAAAAUUCUUAUACACAGCAAAACACUUCCGGCGCGAUUCAGUUCCGCAGCACUUUGCCGUCCAAUGACCGACUCCGUACCAACACAGUACGACUCAGAUGUACUGGUGUUAUCAAUUAUUGUUUUAUUUUUUACAUACUGAUAGCACAUUAUGACUAUGUAUUGCAGUAAUGUGUGAGGUAGGUUCGUUGAUAAAAGCUUCAUUCCUAAAUUUUGCUAACCGAUAAGCACAGCUGAGGCAUUACCUAAGUGUCUAGAAUCUGGCAGCGCCUUUCUGUGCCUGGGUUGAUACUAUUUUAUUUUAUUUUAAAGAUGAUCAUCAUGUAUGCUAAUGAUAAUUACAAAAAAACUAGGACAGGGCAAAUGAUACGAUAAAAAAAUUAAAACUGUUUUCAAAAUAUCCAUGUAAAAAGCCCGUUGUUCAAAGUAAAAUACGAAACUACACGCUCUAAAAGACAAAACCUAUAAAAAUACUUUAUUUAGUACACACAAAUUUUGUAUAAUGUUAUCAUUUUACGUGACGUUAGGUUAAAAAGAAAAAGAAAGGGAAAUUACACCUACUAGUUCCGAUUAGUGUAGAACAAUGCUCGAUUGUAUUCGUCAAGGUUGCAUUAUAUUAUGUAAUGCAUUAUCUCUCACUAUAACAUGCACGCCCGGUCCAGUAUCAGCAACAACGCGAACACUCUGCUCAGUAUUAAUUUUAAUUUCUGACGGAAAGAGCAACGCCGUGUGCAAUGAGUGAAGCAAGUUGGAAAACUGCCGAAUUCUUUAAGGACGUAAUAGCACGCGAUCUUUCCCUGGAGUGUACUGAUUCGUUUACAAUCACAUCAUUUGAAGUUGGUAAGGCGAAUGAAAAAACGGCAGGAUAUAUGUCCAAUAUCUACCGGGUGUUGAUCGAGCUAAAUUUUGACAAAGGAACUGCGAAGCCGACAUCACUGUCAUAUAUUGUGAAGGAAAAAACAGACACAGCAUUCGGAAGUGGUCUGGUCGAAUUGCUGUCCGUUUUUCCCAAAGAGAGUGAAGUGUACGAGAAGCUAUUGCCCGCCUUUGAGCAUCUCGUGCAGAACGAAGAAGAAACGGUACGAUUUGGACCAAAAGUAUUCAAAACAACUACCAACCCUGACACGGUAAUUGUGCUGGAGGAUCUUUCGCGCAGUCAGUUUCGGAUGCGGGAGAAAAGUUUCGGUCUUUCUGUAACAGAUGUUAAAAGGAUACUUGAGAAAUUGGCCAAAUUUCAUGCCGCAUCAGUGCUUUAUGUGGAGAAAAAUGGAGCGUUUUCGGAUGUCUUUGCUGAGGGUGUAAUUUCGGAACGCACAAUUGACGCACUGCGGGGACACUACGAGUCGUUAUAUAGUGCAUUUGUACAAAGUUUGCGUGAUCGUAACAUCGCUGCCAAAUACUUGCAGCCACUGAUCAAAUUUGAUGGACAAUUGCUGCGUGAAUGCUGUAAGGCACAGCAGGUGCAUCAUUCUGAGCUGAAAGUCUUAAACCAUGGCGAUCUGUGGCCCAACAAUGUUAUGUUCGGGACGGAUGAUCUACGGUUUCUGGAUUUUCAAACUGCAUCGUAUGGGUCGCCUGCAGCAGAUUUGCUGUACUUCUUUGCCACAUCCGCUACGGAACUGAUGUGUGAUUCGUUGGAGGAGCUGUUGCAAUACUACCAUGAACAUUUGGUAAAAACAUUACAACAGCUGCAGUACUGUAAAUCGAUUCCAACGUACACGGAGUUGCUUGAUCAGAUGAGGCGUCGCAGUGUACUGUUGCUGCCGCCUCUAUCGGAAGCAUUAGCAAUUACGAUGACUGGUUUGACGGAGCCAUCGGAUAUGGAAAUGAUAACAUCCGAGCAACCGGAAGGCGUUGCGCUACGGAAACUUGUGUACAACAAUCCGGCAUACGUCGCACUGAUUGAUCGGCUGCUUCCCAAGCUUUAUGAAUUACGGUUGUUGAAAUGAGCUACAAUUUUUUUUUAAACUUAAUGGAAGUGAAAUAAACUUGUGUCAAACUCGCAAUAUUUAAA